AUGCCGGGGACCCUGGGCCUGUCGCUCCUGGCCCUGCUGAGCACUGUGGGUCCCAGCCAGGCCAGCGGCUUCACAGCCCUCAGCGGCCCCCAGGACUUUCUCUUGAGCCCCGGGCUCUGCCCCCCCGAGGGACAGGGAGCCCCUCCGCCCACGUGCAUCCAGGACACCGACUGUCCAGGACUCCAGAAGUGCUGCCCGUCCCCAGCGGGCCCCCACUGCAUGUCCCCUGUGUCCCCAGACCCGGAGGGGACCCCGAGGAGUUCUUGGUACAAUGUGACGGUGCUGCUGAAGACAGACUUUGGGCAGCUGCUGCAGGCGGACCCGGGGCUGCUGGACCUCUCCUGUCGCCUGCACGCCAUGCUGACCAGCGCCCUGCAGCCCCGGGAGGCCGCCAUUCGCCACCUACUCUCGGCGGCAGGUGGGCCGUACAGCACGGAGUCUCGGCUGCUGCUGGGCCUGCGGAGGCCUGAGCCUGCGGCCUCUGUGUGGGCCGCCCUGGACGGCGUGGCCAGGCACCUGUGUGAGGUCAUCAGCAUCAGGGUGCAAGAUGUGGACGAGUGCUUUUUCCGGGAGCUGCACAGAUGCCCCUCGGGGCGGCCGUGUGUGAACCUGGAGGGGUCCCGCCAGUGCCCCCACCCCCAGCAGGCCCCUGAACUGAGCCGCACAGAAGGCAGCCUGCCAGGACCCCCAGGGGCAGUGAUCAGCCCAGACACCCCUGCCUCGAACCCCGGCCCUGGCCAUCCAGGGGCCACCCCUGCAGCCCGGACCCCAGGACCCCCAGGGACGGCGCUCAGCCCAGGGACCUCUGCCUUGUCUCCCUGCCCUGGUUGUCCAUGGGGCACCCCUGCAGCUAUGACCCCAGGGCCCUCAGAGGUGGCCCUCAGCCUGGAGACCCCUACCUCGACCCCAGGCCACCCACGGGGUACUCCCGGAGCCGGGACCCCAGAGUCUCCAUCUAGGAGAGUGGGCAGUAGUGGCACCAGUCCCCCCAGGAAUAGCACCGGGCUCAGCAUGGAGGACUCGGUGCCCAACACUGGCCGAGGCCUGGGGUCCAGGCCCUGGACGGCCACCCUGGCCACCAGCCCCUCCCCUGCCCACCCCAGGGCUCCACAGCCAGAAGUGGGCACCCCUCCCGGGACAUCUGGGGGACCUCGGCACACCCUGGCCUGGGCACCCCCAAACUCUGCCACGGAGCUGACAUCCCAGACUACCUCCACCCAGGACCCUGUUUGGCAUGCCAGCCCCCCUGCAUGGGACCCAGCCCCGGCACCCCUGGACCCCAUGUGGCCACAAAACACGGACCCUGGACCCACGGCCUCCCCGGACCUGUCCUCAACGUCCACCAUGCAGGCUCUGGGGAGCCCCUCCUGUGCCCCCGGCGCCAUCCACAGCCUCACCGUCUCCAACGUGACGGGUUCGGGCUUCCACCUGGCCUGGGCGGCCGAUCCCGCCGCACACCCCGUGUUCCAGCUCACCCUGACCCCCUCGAGGGGUCCCCCCGUGCGGCUGGAAACCCGGAACGCCAGCAUGACCCUGUGGGGCCUGGAGCCCGGAGCCCUGUACCGGGUGGACAUCCUGGCCACGGCCUGCGGGAAAGAAGGUUCCAGAGCCCACCUGCGUGUGGCCACAGCUGCCCAGAAGCUGCAGGGCUCUGUCCGAAUUGCCAACGCCGGGUACCGAGAGUCCUUCCGCAACGCCAGCAGCCCGGAGCUCCGGGACUUCCUGCGGCUGUUCCUUGGCCAGGUGAGAAGCUCCCUGCCGGCCGCCCUGUGGGGACCCGUGGACAUGGGUGGCGUCCAGCUACAGGUCACCCGUGUCACCAACGGCAGCGUCGUGGUGGAGUUUGUCCUGCUGCUCAGUGCCACCCUGGACGCCCGGGAGGUGACGGCCGCUUUCCGUGCCGCCUUCCAGAACAUGUCCUUGCUGGAGGUGGCCGCCGAGGGCCCCCUCAUCGGGGGUACGUGGGGACAACGCACCCUGGAGACACUGGACGGGCUGGGGGGCCGCACGGGCUCAGAGCACCUGCAUCCUUCAGCCCGAGGAUGUGACCCUGUCCUGUCAGUGACCCUGUGUCCUGUCAGUGACCCUGUCCUGUCAGUGACCCUGUGUCCAGUCAGUGACCCUGUCCUGUCAGUGACCCUGUGUCCAGUCAGUGACCCUGUGUCCAGUGACCCUGCGUCCAUGACCCUGUGUCGUGUCAGCGACCCUGUGUCCAGUCAGCGACCCUGUGUUCAGUCAGCGACCCUGUGUCCUGUCAGCGACCCUGUGUCCUCGACCCUGUGUCCAGUCAGCGACCCUGUGUCCAGUCAGCGACCCUGUGUCCAGUCAGCGACCCUGUGUCCAGUCAGCGACCCUGUGUCCAGUCAGCGACCCUGUGUCCUGUCAGUGACCCUGUGUCCUGUCAGUGACCCUGUGUCCACUCAGCUGGCCUGGCUGCUGCUGGCCCCCAAGAACCUGCUGUACCAGAGCCGGCCAGGUGUGGUGGUCACGGUCAGGUGCGGGGGUCACGGCCAGGUGCGGGGGUCACGGUCAGGUGCGGAGGUCACGGCCAGUGAGCUGGGCCCCCAGCGUGGGGCUGGCCUUCGGGGGUUGCGGGCAGUGCUGCCCUGUGCUCUGCGGUCUCGGGAGUGGCCCAUCUCCAUGCUGCUCGUCACCUCUGCUUCCUGCCCCUCAGAUUACGAUGAGUGUGCGAGCGGGGAGCACGACUGUGAGCCGGGCGCCUCCUGCCACAACACGCUGGGCUCCUUCCGCUGCAUCUGCGGACCGGGAGGUGCCGCCUCCUCCGGGGAGUAUGCCGGGAGGCCCUGCCAAGCCGGCCUUUCCGGGCUGGUGCCCCAGGGCCCCGCGGGGAGGCUGAGCCUGGCGGAGGCGGUCAGCGUGCUGUGCGAGGCCGGGCAGGUGGCCCUGGCCGUGCGCCGGAGCUUCCUGAGGCAGGAGGCCAUCCCCGAGGCCGCGCUGUACCUGGGCCAGCCGGCCUGCGGCGUCCGCGGGCACAACGCCACCCACGUGCUCCUGGCCGCCGGCUGGGCGGAGUGCGGCACCCUGGUGCAGAGCAUCGGGACGGACACGGUGGUGCAGACCAUGCUGAGGAGUGACCGGGCCCCGGGCAGCGUCCUCCACCACCCAAGGAUCCUCAGCCCCAUCUCCUGUGCCUUCAGAAACCACCUGCUCAGCUCCUCCGGCUACAGCCCUCACUGGGGGGUCCCGGCCAUCGAGGAAGACCUACACGGGGCCGGCAGCUUCAGCACGGAGAUGCGGGUCUUCGUGGGGGACGUGCCCGUCCCCCGGAACCACAGCGUGCCGGCCUCUGCGAGCGUGAGGAUUGAGGUGGGGCUGCGCAGACCCUGGGCGGGCCUGAAGGUGGUGCUUCUGCAGUGCUGGGCCACGCCGGGCAGCAACGCCUCGGACCCAGUCACCUUUGGGUUCAUCAACAACAGCUGCCCCGUCCCCAACACGCACACGGACCUGAUGGAGAACGGCGGCUCGGGCGCGGCCCGCCUGCGUCUGCGAAUCUUCUCCUUCGCACAGGGCCCCGCCGUCUACCUGCACUGCCGGCUCCGUGUCUGCAUUGAAGCCCCGGCCGCCUCCUGCCGCGUCAACUGCAAUGACUUCCGGGUGCCCCGAAGUGGAGACAUUGCCGCCACACACCAGACGACCUGGGGGCCCCUCAUCCGGUCUGAAGGUGAGCGGGGGGCCGGGUCCCCCGCCACGGCAGGGCUGGGCCUGGGACCCGGCGCCCUGGUGCUCACCGUGGUGGCCGCCAUAGUGACGGUGGCAGGUGUGACCGCCCUCCUCAUCUGGCGCUACCAGAGGAUGACCGGCCAGUUCAGCUUCAAGUCCCAGCCUGACAGCUUCAGCUACCAGGUGUUCCGCGGGUAGGAGCCUGUCAGGCCAGGUGGCCCCGAGCGAGCCCCGAGCCCCAGCCUGGGCGCCCAGACGCGGUGACCACACAGGAGCGCCCGGGGAGGUCCCAGCUGAGCCGCGGCCGCCAGGAGGCCAGGAGCUGCUGGUGGAGGGGCGGCGGCAGGAAAGCCUCCACCCGGACUCGGCCUCCGCGCCCGCACAGGCACCUCUGCCCUCACGCCGCCAUCUUUCGUCACCCCCACGGGUCCCUGUGGCCUGUCUUUUCCCUGUUCUGUCCACGCAGGGAUCCUGGGGGCGUCCAUGCAGGCGGGGGAGCCCAGAGGUGUCUCUUCCACACCUGUCACUGACCUUCCUUGAAAAGGAGGUGACAAACCCUGGGGGAAACCCAGUUCUUAAAAAAGCAUUCUGGAGGCCGGGCAGUGGCGCACCUGGUUAAGCGCAGGUGGCGCCAAGUGCAGGGACCUUGUGAGGACCUGGGUCGGAGCCCUGGCCCCCCACCUGCAGGGGGAGCUUCACCUGCAGUGAAGUAGGGCUGCAGUGUCUGUCUCUCCCUCUCUGUCUGUUUCUCUCUGUCCUGUCCAAUAAAACG